GGCAGGGUGCGGCACACCAUGGCGGGCGGGGGUGGCGCAGCGGGUGGCGUGGGCUGUACUAGGGUUUCAGUCGCCGACCGGAGAGCUUGGAAUCGACCGACGCCGGCGAAGAGGAACCGGAGGCGGAGGACCGGGACGCUCGGAUUCAAGCGGCGCCUCCUCCGUCCCGCUACUCAUUGGAUGGCAGACGGAUUGAUUGCUUCGCGGGGUAAAAGGAAGUGCCAACGAGAUUAUGUUCCAGGUGGAUCAAGUAGUGACCAGGCAAGCACAGAAGGAUCGCCCUGCCAACUAGAUGAUACUUCUCAGAGUGGCAAAACAGAUGUGUAUUCAGGUCCAGAUCUUCCAGAGGACAUGUGGCAUCAUAUACAUUCCUUAAUGCCUCUGAGAGAUGCUGCCCGAGCCGCCUGCCUGUCUCAAUCCUUUCGCUAUUCUUGGAAACACCAUCCCAACCUAAUUUUGAGUAGGGAAACAUUGGGCUUGGACGAACAUGUGCAUCAAAAGGAAACAACUAUGGAUUUCAGAAGCAAAAUUGACCACAUCCUUAGAAACCACUCCGGCAAUGGUCUGAGAAAACUCAAACUCAGGAUGGUUCCAAAUUACAAUGCCAAGGACUCUGAUUAUAUCGAUAGAUGGCUUCAAAUUACUGUUACACCAGCGAUUGAAGAACUCACCCUUGCCGUGUCUUUAGAUAGUCACAAAUACAAGUUCCCGUGCACACUUUUAUCGAAUGGGAUGGCAGACUCGCUUCGUCAUCUUUUCCUUGCCGGUUGUUCCUUUCAUCCUACACCUGGGCUUUGUUGCUUGAGAAGCCUGACAAAAUUAGAGCUGGUUAUGGUGCGUACUACAGGGGACGAGUUAUGGAGCCUUCUUUCCAGUUCGCCAGCUUUAGAACGGCUUUCACUUAAUUGUUGCAACAAAGUAAGCUACUUGAAGAUACCUUGCCAUCUUGAGCGGCUAAGCCACGUUGAGGUGCAUGAAUGCAGCAAGCUGCGAGUGAUAGAGAGCAAAGCUCCAAAUCUCUCCAGAUUUCACUUUCUAGGUAAGCUCAAGGUACAAAUCUCACUUGGAGAAACAUUGCAAGUGAAGAACUUGCACAUGAACUGUACCGAUUUUGGUUGUGAUACUCGAGCAGAACUGGCAUGCAGCAUGCUAAGCAGGGAGGUGAUCAAUUCACCAAAUGUUUAUAGUAAAUUUCUUGAGCUGAAGUCCUUGAAUAUUACAAUUGGAGAAUUGCCCUUCGGUCGGAGCUUUGAUUGUUCUUCUCUGGUCUCUUUGUUUGGUGCUUCACUCUCUUUGGAGACCUUCAUCUCGCAUGUUUCCAAUGAACUCAAGCAGCAUGCAAUGGCUUUUGGAGAUCCUUCGGGGCUGUGGAUCUUGGGGACCGGCGGUGGUUUGUCCCCAAUGAAUAAGGGGCUGGUUGAGUUAGCAUGUCAUGUGCUCAGAGCCUGGUUAAGCUAAAAUGCCCCAUCCUGGGGACUGCAGCAUCGCUUGUACUGAACAACAGAUAAGUGUACAUGGUAAUACCAAAUGCUUUAAGCGCUUGGCCAUCGAAAACUAAACUAGGCAAAGUGUGGAGCCUUUGUGAAGCUGUUCAACAUGAGAUGUCAAGUUGUGUGGUACUUAUAGUUGCUUAUAAAGCUGUAGCUAGAUCUUGUUUUCUUAAAUUACCGGGACCGGUCACUGUUUAAAAUGGGGAUUAGCACACAGACAAGGA